UCUCCAUCUCAAAACAAGAAAAUAAAACGAAAAUACACAAUAAAAAGGAGGAAGGAAGAAGGAAAUGGGCAUCUGUGGUCGUUGGAGCAAGAAGGGACACCGUGCACAUCUUUUCCUCUUCUCUUCUUUUCUGCGCUCCAUUGCCCUUUCUUGCUAGAUUUUGUUACUUGGCGUUGGCGUCCUUCUCGUUUGCUUGUUCGUGGUCAAUCUAUCCGUCAGUUUAUAUAUACGCCCGCCGAGCGAUCGCCAUUAAGCCAUCUCGGUUUUUACGGAUUUGCGUCGGAGAGGCUCCUUGUCCGAUUCCAGUUUCCAUGGAAGAGGCGCAAGUGGUAGAAUCGAAGGACGGGACCAUCUCUGUGGCUUCUGCGUUUGCAGGUCACCAUGAAGUCGUUCAAGAUAGAGACCAUAAAUUUUUAUCAAAAGCUGUUGGAGAGGCAUACUGCGGGAUCGAAUGUGGUGAUGGGGGGCCAUUUGGUGCAGUUGUUGUUCGUAACGAUGAAGUCGUCGUUAGUUGUCAUAACAUGGUGCUGAAGCAUUCAGACCCUACAGCUCAUGCCGAGGUGACUGCGAUAAGGGAGGCCUGCAAGAAACUCGGGAAGAUCGAACUUUCAGAUUGUGAGAUCUAUGCCUCCUGCGAGCCUUGUCCAAUGUGCUUUGGCGCAAUUCACCUUUCGCGACUCAAGGUAGUUGUUGCUCCUCUACUUCCCUCCGAGCUUAUCUAUCCUCUAGUCUGUGUUCAUCUGGUUUCACUUGAACUCCAAUUGCAGAGACUGGUGUAUGGAGCAAAGGCAGAGGCCGCCAUAGCUAUUGGAUUUGACGAUUUCAUUGCCGAUGCUCUCAGAGGCACUGGAUUCUACCAGAAGGCUCAUCUAGAGAUUAAGCGCGCCAAUGGCAACGGAGCCAUCAUUGCUGAACAAGUAUUUGAGAAAACUAAGGAAAAGUUUCAGAUGUAUUAAUUCUCUCUGCUAAAUUGUUUCUGAAAGGUCUUCUAUAUUCAAAAUGAUGAACAAGCAUUGUAAACUGCUGUUGUGAAUACUGAUUAUACACUGAUUACUAUUCAUGUUUAUGCAUUUUCAUUGGUGUUUUCAGUUCA